AUGGCCCCUUCAGCAACUGCGACAGCCACCGUGAGCGACCCGGUCAAUCUCCCGGUGAACAACCUCCGAUUAUACGCCGACGGCUCCGGAGACUACAAGGAACUCUCACCCACAACCUAUGACAAGGACGUUGAAGCCAAGGGAGGCGACGGCCAUGAGGGUGCAAAGUAUCCUCACUACCUUCCCACAUGGAACCCCGAGCAACAAUAUCCUCCCCUGCAACCCUUCCAGCACUACGAGCACGGCAGAGACGCAGACCCUAGCUACCCUGAUCUGCUCCCCAAGGACGCACAUGUAACCGACCUCACGCCCUCGACCGGUACAGAAGUCAGAGGCGUCCAGCUCAGCAAACUUAGCAACGCGGGCCGUGACCAACUUGCUCGUUUCGUCGCAGAGCGCAAGGUCGUUGCCUUCCGCGGCCAGGACUUCGCCGAUCUGCCCAUCGACAAGGCCCUCGAGUUCGGUGGGUACUUUGGCCGUCACCACAUUCACCCGACUUCAGGAUCCCCUGAGAACUUCCCAGAGGUUCACCUCGUCCACCGUGCGGCGGGCGACAGAUCUGCAGAGAAAUUCUUCGCCACAAGGACCAGCUCUAUCGCGUGGCACUCUGAUGUCUCAUACGAGCAGCAGCCUCCUGGCACAACUUUCCUCUACAUCCUCGACAAGCCUGAGACGGGAGGCGACACCCUGUUCUGCAACGCCGCCGAGGCCUACAAUAGACUGAGCCCGCUCUUCCAGGAGAGACUUCACGGUCUGCAAGCUGUUCACUCUGGCGUGGAGCAGGUUGCUGCUUCUGUCAAGAAAGGCAGCAUCAAGCGUCGCGAGCCUGUUGCCAACACACACCCCAUUAUCCGCACACACCCUGUAACCGGCGAGAAGGCCCUUUUUAUCAAUCCUCAAUUCACGCGUGAGAUUGUUGGUCUCAAGAAGGAAGAGUCCGACGCCCUGCUCAAGUUCCUGUACGAGCACAUCGCCUGGGGUGCUGACUUCCAUGCCCGCGUGAAGUGGGAGGAGGGCACUGUUGUUGUCUGGGACAACCGUGUCACCCAGCACUCUGCUCUGAUUGACUGGAACAAUGGCUCAAGAAGACACUUGGCCAGAAUCACACCGCAGGCUGAGCGACCGUAUGAGACACCCUUCAAGGGUUAG